UGUCACUUGACAUUUUAGGUGACGCAUAAACGUAAAUAUUCGCUUUGUUUGGAUUUUCUAAAAAAAAUUUCCUGGAAAAAUCUCAAAAUUUGCACAGUUUUUCGUAGUUAAAAACCAACUAAAAUGUCCUUGACUGGAAAAAUCGAAGAUGAUAACAUUCCAUUAGCCGACGACGAUCCACAAGCAAUUAUCAAUGAGGACAGCGGGGAUGGCGGUAUGGCUAACGGUAGAUCAAUGGAUUCAUUACGAAGUUCAUACACGAACAGCAGUUCCAAUUCAGAGCUAGACAAUGACAUUAAUCCAGAUGAUAAGGAAGAAAAGGCCAGGUUGAUAUCACAGGUCUUGGAGCUACAAAACACCUUAGACGACCUAGCCCAGCGAGUAGACAGUGUUAAAGAGGAGAAUCUCAAAUUAAAGUCUGAAAAUCAAGUACUGGGCCAGUACAUUGAGAAUUUGAUGUCGGCAUCGUCCGUGUUUCAGUCGACAAGUCCAAACACAAAGAAAAAAUAAAAUCAAAAUUUUUUUUUUUGUAAAAAUCAAUUGUGUGCUUUGGAUGACUGGGACAAACUGUAUAGGUGGUGUGUUCCAGAACACAUGGCGUAAUAUUUGGUGAUUCCUCCGCAACAUAGAGCUUAAUAUUUAAUUGUAUUUUUUCCAGUAUUUAUUUAUAAAUUGCUGCAUUUUCUUGUUAUAACAAAAAGCAACAACAUUCUCAUCGAUGGUAAAACAAAACUAAGUUUAGAAAGUCUCGACAUGGACAAAUUUUUUAUUUUCACUUGAUCUAUAGAAAUUUCUAUUUGAAUUUAGUUUUGAUUUUGAAAUUUCGAUAAGACGUUGUCUUCUGACAGAUCAAGUUUUUGAUAAAAAAUAUUUUUUAGUGCGCUUAUUGUCACCUUUCUAUCCGAAAAGAACAAAAAAAAAUUAAAUAAUUGUUUGUUAUUGUCUAUGAAUCGUUCAAAAUAAAAAUGCUUAUAACUAAA